GUGCCGGCAACCCCAAGCAUGAACGCACCGCGGCGUUCCACCCGAACAGCUCGUCGCCCCAGAAGGCCCAGAAGGCCCGCAAGGCCCUCGCGCUGCACCGCCCGCAGCACCGCGCCGCGCCAGUGACCCCGCGCUACCGGACCAACAACAACAACAUCGGGAGCCGCGGCAUGGCGGUAGUGCAGUGAGAGUGUUGUUGUUGUCGUCGCCGUCAUGGGGAUGCUGACCAAGAAGAGGGCCUUCAUCAGCACGGCCGUGAAGCGGCUGCUGAAGCGGGCCACGCAGCGCGCGCGCAAGCCCUUCGGACUCGGCACGCACGUCGACGCCGUCGACUUCCUGGUGGGCUCGGACACCGUGGCCCGCGACCGAUACACGCGGCUGCCGGAUGGCGAGCAGGAGGCGGACUGGCUGGAGGCGGCGGGGCAGAAGUCGCUGGUGGCGGCCUUCCGCGCGGGCCGCGAGCUCCCCGACAGUGUCCUGGAGGCCUCGCUGCGCCAGCUGCCGCGCCACCAGGCCGAGGCCGUGCGCCGCCGCGUCGACACCCUGAACCGCACGGUGCGGCAGCGCGGACGCCGCCGCCAGCGCAAGCCGGACAUCAGGGACGUGUUCCGGGACCGCGACCUCGAGAACUCCAGCACCGGCACCCGGUCGCGCAGCGCCACGCCCGACUCGCUGGACUCCGAGCUGCCCUGCGAGGAUGCCGCCCUGGCCUGGUCGUCGCCACACAGCUCGCCGCAGGACCGGUCGCCGCCCACGCCCCACUCGGUGCACUCCGUGCCGCUGCCCCACUGGGCCACGGGCCCCACCGCCAUGGGCCUGGACCGCCUGGACCGCGGAUCCCCACCGACUCCGCCGCCCAGCUUCGUCCAGAUCUUCCAGCCGGUCAGCAUGCGCGCCGCGCUCAGCUCCCACAAGGCCGUCCGCCGCUUGCCCAGCGCCCCGGCCGGGCCCGGCCAGACCGUGCUGCCCGUGCACGAGCUCUUCCGAGGCGCCUACAGGGGCUCGCUGUACGGCGGCGACAUCGUGGCGUCGGACUGUGGUCACGAGGGAGUGGAAAUGAUCAACUAUCAGCGCAUUGGUUCGAUGCACCUGUCGAAAUACAGGACUCGCUCUCGUUUACCAGAAACUCUUCGAGAUAGAUCGACAGAUCACACCCUGAGUUCUUCGGCACCCUCCAGUAACCAUGAUCUCACUGCUGAUGUUGAAAAUAACCAUAACACCAGCCUGAGGCGCAAUCUUCUGAUUCCUCAUGCCUCAAUAACAAGAAGUCAAAGUAGUGUUUAUGAAAGAGAAAGAGAGGCGCAGCAGGAUCCAAGGAGGAACCGCUCUGGCUCACAAGGGCACCUUAGUUUUGAAGAAGUCUGCAGGCAACGAACCUUAGACUCUACAGUUUUAGCAGGCCCUGCAUCUCUCUGUUCUGAAAAACCUGAAAGUGGAAGAACUUGGAUGGAAUUUCUUAGUGAAGCUGACCACCAGAAGCUUUACCCUCUAUUACUGCUAGAAGUUACUGCUCUCUUUGAUAGCUGUGGGCUGUCAUUUAGGAAAAGAAAGCCGAGCAAGCGAAAGCGAAAAGAAGAGGGCAACAUUUUUGGAGUCUCUCUCCCCACAUUACUUGAGCGAGACAGACAGCAGUGCUCGGAGCAUUCAAAAGUGCUUUUUGUCCAAAAGCUUGUCAGCCAACUGGAAAAGAGAGGACUGCAAGAAGAAGGAGUUCUAAGAGUUGCUGCUCAUCGCCUGAAAGUGGAAACCUUAACUGGAAAUUUGGAAGAGAAUUUCUACUCCAGGCCUGACCAAGUAGAGAAGGUCCUGGAAUCAGCCAGCGUCCACGAAUUGGCUGCUCUUCUCAAGAAGUGGCUUCGUGAUCUACCUCAGCCUCUGCUAACUCCUGAAUUGGUGGCAUUGUUUUAUCGCACUCAUGAACUUCCCGCCCAUUUGAGGGCCAGAGCUCUCAACUUACUUGUGCUGCUCCUUCCUGCAGAAAAUCGAGCAACUCUAAGUUUGGUCGAUUUUCUCAACAGAGUGGUUGAAAACCAGGAAUACAACAAGAUGUCUCUUCAUAAUGUUGCUAUGAUUGCUGCUCCGUCCCUAUUUCCUCCUAGGUAUGUUGAGUCCGCAGCUGCUGCUGGCAGCGGCAGUGACAAAGCAUCACUUAGCUCUCAAGUGAGUCUAGCGGCAAUGUGUUGCCAAGUCAGUGAGGGCCUCCUCCAGGCGGGGGAGGGUCUGUGGGUCGUGCCGUCAGCCCUUGUUGGUCAAGUACGCAGGUCAAAUGAACAAGAUCGCCAACGUAGACAAGCCAAAGAAAACAAACCUAUGAAAAGACUUCUGGGUCGGAGGAAUGCGUCAAAUACACUGGCGAAGGAUCAAAAUCAGACACCGUCUGCUGGGCUGGAUCCUAGUGGCGCUCUUCGAGUCAGUGCACCCCAGUUUGGUUUAUGUGAUUUUCCAGUCAUGAUUAAUGACAGAACUACUGCUGGCAGUGUAGUGCUAAGUCUUGUUGAAGAAAUUUCAAAAGACCCUGACGCUGCUUUAGCUAGACCUUCAGCUGGUGGUCGAAAUGACAGGAAUCAGCGUCGGCCACAUAGUGUGUACGGACAGAUUAACUCCAACGCAACCAAUCCUGUGCUUGGUCACAGCAGAGGAAAUGGGGUCCUGCAGCUUGCCCACAAUGCCAACCUUAGCUGUCUUCUGGCAACAGCUGAUGCAGAGCUUGCCCUGAAAACCCACUUUCUGUACGAGGUUGGAGGAAAUAUAGGUGAACGCCAAUUGGAACAGACAGCAGUCAUAACAACUGUGCUCCAUGAGAAUCCCAACGCAUCCUGGGUGCUAAGAUGCCACCACAGAAAUGGUAACAAUCCCCUGACAGGAUUGUCCAACAACUGAAGCAGUGAAGGCAACUUUAAAGAGCAUUUUGCUUCUUAGAAGAUAUUGUUCUUUUUAGGGUUGGAACAUAUGUGACAUACCAAAGCCUCCGUCAUUCACCUUACACCAAGUGCUGAAAGGUUUUGUCCCUUUAUAUUAAUUAUUUUAAAAUUUUACUCUAAGAGAAACGAUGUAUGUACAUAUGUAUGUAAAUAUUUGUAAAUGUGACAGACGUAAUAAGAUGGAUAGAUGUGUCAAGUGGUUUAUGCAUUUAAAAUUUCAUUACAAUUGUAGAUUUGUAUUUUAUCUUUAGUUUGUAUGGAGAUUUCAAGUCAUUGUAAUUAACUAGGUAGGUUGAAGAGACAUACUGAAUGUCUUCAAUAUUGUGUGUUAAAAUUUCGAACUUGUGAUUGGCUUUGUAUAUUUACAAAGGAUACGUUUUAUAAUAGGGUCUAUUUUGUCGAUCAAAGCUUUCUGAAGCUGUGCUGGGAUGAAACUUUACAGUCGUAAUAAUAUCUGAUUGCUAACUGAAAUAUUCUGGUAUCACAAAGGCGAGAUAGAUGCCUAUAGUGCUACUUCACUUAGUCAUUAUUUGUUGUAGUGGUGUUCACCUUUGUUUGAAUUGCAUAUGGCCAUAUUUGUUUGCACUCUGGAAUGUAUGUUGGCAAUUACAUUGUUUCCUUUUUUUCUUUUACUUUUGUAUGUUUGAUCUUCAGGCUACAAAUAAUUUAACUUCAAUUGGUAGCUGCCAAAACAAUGUAGUGUAAGAAUGCAAGUUUCUAGUCGUGAGGUAUUGUGCUUAAACAUCCAUUAGGAUUACCACAUAAUGUAUUAAAUACUUUUAUUAAUUUUGAUUUUGGCUGCAUAGCUUGGUCUUUACAUAGAAAUGCUCAACUGUACCACUGGUUUAUUUGUUCAAUGAAUGCAGAUAAACAAACCAAAGAAUUGCAACAGAAAUGACUUAACUUCCAUUUGCAACUUUGUUAAACUAGCAUUUUAAUUUAUACUUGUAUUAUGAAUGCAAGUGUCGAAUUCUCCACUCUGUUGUUCACUUGCUUUUACACCCUUGAUCCAAUAAAACGAAAUCAAAACUU